AUGGCGGGCGUUCCAAUUAAAUUCAAAUUUUCUCUAUUCACCUUGGCCGUCCUCUUUGGACUUUUGGCUCUAAGUUCUUCAAGCGAAUUCUACGAUGAAGAACGAGACGAUCGAUCCGCCGAGUUGGAGGAAGAUUCCCGACAGUACUACGUGUACGGGCAGAGACCGGUACAACAGGUCCACCAUAAUCACUACGGACAGUACCACUAUCCACAACCCGUAAGGCCGGUGGCUCCGCAAUUGCCCGUAUGCGGUAAUCACCCUCAAUGCAAAUCGUGUAAAGCUCCGACUGUUCCGAAUUACCAACCCAAGUCUCCAUCUGUCCGCUCUACCCGUCAAACAAGUUUCGUAGAAGAGGAGAGCCAGAUUGAAGAAUUCCGUUCCGAGGAAGAUUAUGAAACGCGUUAUUACCAGCAGCCGGUGAAGCAGCAUUACUACCAAACCACCAAGCAGUAUUAUUACCAAACCACCCAGCCACCUCGCCGUCAGUGUAACGCAGUUUGCAAACCACCAGUUCCGGUCACAACUCAAAAGCCCUACGUCCAACAAACACAGGCCUAUCCACAAUACCAGCAGCCGCAAUAUCCACAAUACCAGCAGCCGCAAUAUCCACAAUACCAACAGCCGCCAUAUCAAUACCGGCCAUAUGGUCGCUAA